CAGCGACGGAAAGGGUGGCGUUCGCAUUGUGGACUCGUGGGUUCCUACCAACCAGGGGUACUAUUACCAGCUCUGACCAACGGCAGACCGGACGAGGCUUUUGACAAUGCAUCCAAAAUGAUCGGCUACUCUCUCGUCACGAAGCAAACCCCAUCCGGCGGCCUUCCCGUAAACAAGCUAUACAUUUAUAAAUCGGUCGAUAUUGCGCAGGAGUUCUACGUAGCGAUUACCUUCGAUCGCGAACGGUACAUGCCUGUUCUCCUCAUGUCUGAUGAUGGAGGUGUGAACAUUGAGUCGAACGUGAAUCAGCUCCAGCGUUUCUGGUUCAAUCUUUCUACCGGAAUCACUCCUGAGAUUGCGGCUUAUAUUGAAGCACAGUUUGGGUUUUCCGACAACGAAAUGGGCGUCGUCACACACAUCUUGCGUCAGCUCGUAAAGCUGUUCCGAGAAAAAGACGCCACACUCCUUGAACUGAACCCCUUCGUGCGUACAACGGAAGGGUCCUUGAUAUGUCUAGAUGCGAAGUUUAACUUUGAUGACUCCGCCCGGUUUCGACAGCCUGAACUGGUUAGUCUCGAGGAACACUUGCCGGAGGAGAAAGACGAAUAUGAAGCUUCGCAACUGGGUCUGUCCUACGUUCGUCUUGACGGUGAUAUUGGUGUUAUUGUCAACGGUGCUGGUUUAGCCAUGGCAACCAAUGACUUAGUCACCUUGUACGGUGGGGACUGUGCGAACUUCUUGGAUAUCGGUGGAGGUGCAACAAAGGAAACAUUGUCAAAAGCCUUUUCGAUUCUGCAGGGUGAUACCCGCACAAAGGCACUGUUCAUCAAUAUUUAUGGCGGGAUUGUUCGCUGUGAUAUGAUUGCCGAGUCAAUCCUGGCCGCUUCUGCUGCCAUGGGCGGGUUCAGGAUUCCAGUUGUGGUUCGGUUACAAGGUACAAACUAUGAGAAAGGCUUUGAAUUGGGAAAUUCAAACAUCUGGUCUAGACAAUAUACUCUUCGAGGCUGAUUUCGAUGCAGCAGCUAAAAAGAUCGUCGAGCUUACAAAGAAUUCGUGAUGAUUAAUGGAUAUUAUAAAGUCUCUUGG